UUCUGCGCAAAAAGGCUAGAUCAGACGUUGAGUACGAUUGCAAAGGCGGAUUCAGCAUCCCGUUAGGGAAACGCAGGGCUGCCUGUAGCGCAUAGUACUAUCCAUUAUACCAGCGAGGACGCAAGCAGAACGGGGCGCUUUCAUGUCGCGCGAGUUGAAGCAUUGCCCUGUUCUUUUGCCCUCUUCCUUGAGGAAAUAGUCACUUGGGACUAGCUUCUUUGAAGAAUAUCGUAACGUCUCCCCCCGGCUACCCAAGGCAUGUCCAGAUCGUUGAGGAGUCGCAAGGCAGAUAAGACUGCCGCCGAGCUACUGUCAAAGGCCGCCUCACUGCCUCUGCUUGCCGAAGGCCGUGAACGUUUUGUCGCAGCUUAUAAUGAAGGCUUGGACCGGACGGAGGAGGACAUUGAAAAUGCUCUCGACUUUUUGUUUGCAUCUUGGCGGGAUAUCAUCGAUGGGACUGCUCAGAGAAACCCUGGCAAGACUCCUGCUCGAAUUCGCUGCAAGACAAGAGACAGUUUGGCUGGCGGAUCCCCCUCUACGACCCGAAAAAUACUUUUCAAAGGAUCUGGUCCCCCAGAUGACUCACUUUUUGGAUCACCACUGCGGACCUUGCCGCUCGCAGGACGAUCAUCUGGAGUCAAGCGAAAGUCCAGCUCUUCCGCUGUCGUGGACCUUGUCAGCAAUCCAAAGGCACGUGCAAGCAUAGAUCGCGCACCACUGGGCGCAUUUACGGUUGGGACGGAUGAAAAACCAGCAAAGCGGACUAAGCGGGAAGAGUUGGAGCAGCAGUUUGCUCAAAAAGGGAACCUCAGCGAAUCGAGUAGCGGAGGUGGCGAGGUCAUCACAACAUCAAGCAUGGGACAAUCCGGUGAGAAGCACCAAAUUCGGCCAAGAAGACAAGUAGGACGUGAAGAAAAGCAACGAACAGAAGCGACGCAAGUUGAGAGUGAAUCAGUAACGGUGAAUGACGGCGGAAUGGAUGGGGGACAACGUACUUUGGCUGAGAAACCAUCUAGAAAGCAACCUCCCCGUGGAAAGACCGUUGUUGUGGAAGUCGCACCAAUCCGCGCAAGCAAAAGACUGAAGGAGAAGCAGGAAGAAGACCGGAGCCGCAUUUUACCUGUCCCAUCUGCAGCCGAACCGCUGGUGCAGCGAGUCGGUGAAUCGGAUGAUGAAGAUGUUGAAAUGGAGGUGGUGGAUGAUAUGGAGAUUGGGAUACCAGCCACAGCUGUGGAAAAUCACUCCAUGGACAUACCUUUACAACUUGGCCAAGAAUCGGCGGAAAAGAGCAAUGCGGUUGCCACGCAAAACGUCGACCAGUCCAACACACAUACCAGCAACAGUGACGAACAAAAUGUACAAACUACGUCAAAAGCGGCAGAUAAAGCAGCACCUAUUGUGCAAGCAACGCAGGGCCGAAAAGUAUCUGUGCCGUUGGCAGCGCGGGAGGUGCGCGUGCCUACUUUGACGAAACUUCUUGCAGCCUCCCGCAUUGAGGAAGAAUCCGAUGAAUUUUUCCCACCGCGACAAGCAGGAAACGGCCCACGAUCAGGUUCACCAGGCCGGACAACAGUUGAUAUGUCUGGACAGAUGGGUGUCAAAAUCACCGACGCGCGGGAGUCCGAUAUUAGCGUGUUAGACAGCGUGUUAGACAACGAGGCCACAGGUCCAGCGGCAUCCCUAAGGAAUGAGAGCACUGCAGAAUCAGAGCGAUCAAUAUCAUUGACGCGAGAUUCAAUAGCAUCCUUGGCCACUCAACGGCUGUCUGAUCCUGAUGACCCAGCCGCACUGUUUGCGAGGAUCGCCAGCCAAGCAGAUUCCGACAGACAGUCGCGAGAGCAGCAAUGGAGUCAAACCAUCUUUUCCGGACCGUACCAAAAACUUAAACAGGGCUUGGAGGAAAGAAACAAGAGAUUGGCCUCACAGCAAACACCAGCUCCUCUUCCCCGCGAUGUGGCAUCCAGUGUACAAAGGCAUUCUGACGAAGUAUCCCUGGAAUCGAGGGUGAUAUCUGACACCUUCAAGUUGGAUGCCGUUCGGAAUGGAGCACACUCAGUGUCCGAUCCAUUGCCUCCAAUGAAAGGCACGAGUACGGAGACACCUGCAUGUCAAAGAACAGAAACGGAUCAGAUGGAUGAUGUGGAGGCGAUUGAUAUCUCCAUGGCCGUCUCUGAAGGCCAUUCAGCUUGGUUUGACGCCCAAGAGCCUCGUCCUUCACAGGAUGUGCCAGAUGGCCAGCAUAAGCCAUCGGCGCGGCAGCUAUCUUUGGUCCGUACAGCACUUGGCAGCCUACCUUUGGAAAAUAACGGUAUCUUAACGUUGCUUGAACGGCAAGACUCGGCUCAAUCAACCUAUGCGGACGCUCCUAGUCACAUUUCUUUCACCAAUACUCUCUCCCAGCCGAUACCGGAGGCCGAGGUGACCGAACUGUCCAUCUGUCGUGACCCGCUGUUAUCUGAGCCCGCAUAUGAGGAAGAAAUUACUGAAUAUAUCGACUAUGAAGGGGGUAGAACAGGGGAGGACGGCGUUUAUGAGGAGGAAUCCAUGGAGAUUGAGGAGGGUGAGGGGCGAUCAGACGGCCAAGAAAGUAUCGAUCUGCAACCAUUACGUGGUGACCAUGGUGAAGAGGAACGGAUCUUAGAUGACGAUGAGACUCCGAGGCCAUCUCCUCGCCAACCUGAACAAGAGGAGUCUGUGGAACACGAAGAAACUGAGGUGGAGGAAACCCCACGAAAAGAGAUACCAGUUAAACCCAGCUCCCGAUUUGGUGGUGUAAUGGAUACAAUCCGAUCUUCGCUUGCUACGCUUUCUUCCGGGUCAUUUAUUCCAAAGGUUAACUCCGCCGGUACCAAGUCAAAGACGGAAAUAAAAAGUCUACAAGCGGCGGCGGCUGCAGCGAAGAAGGAGCAAGAAAGCAAGGAACGUCGUGCGCAACGAGCAGUCGACAAGAAUGAGCGGACAAAGCUAGCUCUACAGCGAAAACAAGAGGAAGAACAGCGACGAAUUGAGGAAAUUAGAAAACGGGAAGAGGAGAAGACCCGCCGUGUUGAAGCCACAAUACAAGGAAAGAAGCAGGAGGAGGAGGCCUUAAGGAAGAAAAACGCGGAGCGCAUGCAACAAGCAGCCGAACGGAGACAGGCAGAUGAGGAGAGAACCCGCGGAGCGAACAAGGAUGAGAACAAUGCAAAGAUUGUGCGCUCUGGAAUACCAACCGCAUCAAAAGGUGAACCCGUGGGCGCUGCUAAACCUGUGAAGAAAGUCCAACCCGUCAAGGCUUCCAUUGCACGAUCCAGUCAAGCUGCAUCCGAAGAGUUGUACGUGCAAGCAUCUACCACCAAGGCGGCUAAUAAGACAAUCUUGAGUGUUAGCAACACGACUGCAUCAAGCGACUCGUGCCAUGCCCCUAUACAGAAUCCAGUGCUGGGCAGCUUGUAUGAUUAUGGAGAGUCAAAUGAAAACAAGAGUGCAAAGUCAUCUUCAGAUACCGGUUCCGUUCCUCACCGGAAGCCUGAGAACAAGGAAAAAGGGCCAACCACUAUUGUUGAUGAGAAUGGCAACUUGCCGGAACCUCCUUCAGAUUACUCUGACUCUGAUCUAGAGUCAAGCGACAGCGAGAAGACGCCACGGCCCAAGCAGAAAAGAAAGGACGAGCCCGAUUGGGUUCAAACUCCUGAACUCAUGAAGCUUCUGAUGGCACAUGAGAAGACAGAUCCUGACAUGGUCUUUGGUGGUCCCAGUGCUGCGCCACCCUUGGAAGACGUCUUCCGAGAAGGUAUGAAGCGCAGUAAGCAGUUCCGCGCACGACAAAGCUCUGCUUGGACGGGAGCGGAUCGUCUGACUGAGGCGGAGAUUUUGGCAUACAAGCAAGAAAUGGGUUAUUUGAGUAGGGCUGAGGAACGAACAGAGUAAAAAAGGUGACCCAGUAGUGUUUGGAAAGUGGAAAUUAUGUACAUUUGGAAACAAUAAUUUACAUAACAGUCCUCCCUGUCUGUUGAUGCCAGAGUUAAUGGGAGCAUAGUGGGGAGAAGCACAG